AUGCCCACCCACCACACCUACACAACCUCCCAAUCCCACUUCCCGCGCCACUCCAUGCUCCCAGGCGCCGGCGCCAACACCACAUCGUCAGGACCAGGAGCAGGAACAAUGUCCGCGACCAAAACCCGCCAAUACGCGAGCCUACAAUCACAGCUGGCGCAGUUGAAUGCCAAUCUCGCGGAUACGGAGAAUCUCCUGCGUAUGACGGCUGUGCAGGCGGAGGAUAUGCGCUUUUUGGGAGGGUAUGUGGGGGGGUUGUUUAUGGGGUCGGCGAGGGUUUUGGGGGAGGAGGGUGUUAAGGGGUCGGGUGAGGAUGGGGAUGGGGGUAAUGGUGGGGAGGGGGAGGGGAGGGAGGGGUGA